AUGGGGCCUUCUCAGCUUGUCCGUGCCCCUCGGGCCCGGGGCCUGAGUUCCCCCUACCGUAGGCCAGGUAUAGGUUGGCCCCGUCCCCGGAUUCCCAGUAUGUUCAAGUGUAGCCGCAGAAGGUACCGGCAGAAACCUCAAGGCCCAGCUGCCACCAAUCUUGCCACCAUGACCACAGAAAUCAGCAACACCCACACUGCUACCACCAGUGUGUGGAUCCUCUCACCUCAAGUUCUCAGACACCUCUGUCAACCUGGGAGCUUUCUGAUCAUUUAG